AUGGCCAAGCUCUUUGCUCCCUUGUACUUGCUUCUCGCCCUCUUUGUAUUCACCUCAGUAAGAAGAAUGGUGCCAACGGUGAAUGCCGAUGAAUGUUCACUAGCAUCUAUUGGCGGCGGUUGUCCCGACGAGGACGAGUGCACCAUGACAUGCAUUACUUGUUAUCGGAAUGUUGGGCAUGUCAGAUCCUACUGUCGUUCUGGUGGCGGAGGGAUUCCAUUUGAUUCAUGUAUUUGUGUCAUGUCCGAUGGUGCUCCUUGCAACCCUAUUGGUCCACCAAAGUGCCCGAACUGGCCUCGAUCUACUUCUAUUGCUGCCAAUUUCACUGCAAAUUAA